AUGGCCGAAACUGUCACCUUCGUCCGACACGGCUUUUCUCAGUUCACUGAGAUUCGCAAUCGUAGGGAAUUGUGUGACUUCGCGUUGAAGGUAAUUCCGCAACAGUCUUGUUGUUUAUAUGCUGUGCUCUAGGUAGGUGGAAGAACACACUUUGCACACAGGGUUAUUCUGGCUGCAUCAAUCCCUUACUUUGAUAAACUGUUGCAUGAUGGUGGCUACGACGAGAAGGACACCGCAAGCCUACCGCCUUCGAGGUACAAACACUGAUAUUCCGCCUUACAUUCGGUUUAGUGAGACUGUCGAGGCCCUUCUUACCUUUGCCUACUCCGGCCUUAGGCCGCAGUCAUGUUCCGCGGCAACCGAGGACUUCCUACCGCCAACGGUUGAUGAUGUUCACGUGGAUGCUUUGCUUCAGCAACGGUAAGCCUUUUUACUUUCACGUCUAGACACCUCUUUUAUCAUCGGUCGUCCUCUAUGCAAAUAUUUUGGCGGUUUCUUUGAUGAUUUUAGCCUCCAGGCCUUAGCGACUGUUCGGAGCUCGUUACUGAGUUAGGAUGGACCUGUUUGGCUGCGGCCCUACUUCGCCGUCACAGAGUCGGGAUGAUCAACCGGUAUUGUUCAUGCCACAGAGUUUGGGGAGCGUGACCCCGUCUGCACCUCAAGGUAUUCCCGGAAACCAGUUUGUCGCACAGGCAGGGUGUUUACCCACUCCCAUCGGGCGGAAGUUUAAGCCGCCAUCAGCAGAAUAUCGUAAAUUAGCUUGCCCUACAGUAAAGUAGUGACGCUCAGCCGUGGCUCCGCAUGCGUAUCCAGACGGAGACAUGUGCGUGUCGAAGCCGUCAGAAUCGUAAACGAUGUUUUAUGCGCCCGAGUAACCAGGGGCGUAAACGUUGGAGCACUGGGCAGCCAGGCGACACGAUCAAGGGGAAGGCGAUUGCAAACGAAACUAGUAGAACUUGGCGUCGAAAUUGAAGUGGACCUCCACACAAGAAAGCCAUACCAACAGUUUUAUUUCCUGAAUGGCAGUUCGGCCUUCAGUAAAACCAUGCGGGUAAGGUAUGCUCCCCCAGUAAGCCAUUGAAUAAGAGGAUUGCCGCGCAGGCAAGUGCGUUUUUCCAUGCGAUUCUGUUCGCCUUUGCAGCGUGCUGCCGUUUUCUGCUAGGCCACGGACAACAACGCAGCAUCAUCGAGACAGAAACAGCGCGGAUGAACGUGAACUAGCAGUUAGAGUCUACAAGAGUUUUUCUGAUGUUAUUUUUAGCAAUUUGAGAUAUUUCAGUGCCUGUGGUGAUCGAAAUCUGCUCUACAGCACUGAAGCCGUACUGUCCUGCGUCCUUUCUUCAGGGUGGGAAAAUUGAAAUUACAGUGAGAAAGAAGAUAUUUCUCCAACAACGAUGGCGUCUAAAUGUGCCGCGACAUUGUUCCGCCCUCUUAACGACUACGCGGAUGUCUGGGUGAAGCAAAGCGUUCUCUACCGAGGUCAUUGUUUUGCUUGGCAUCUCAUCCUAGGGAACAUAAGCUACCCUUGAUGAAAUAAUCUUCGCAUCCCCUAUAGUUGUCUUAAAACUUAAUGCUUGGAAAACAAGAUUGUUCUUCAGUGGCUCCAAACCGCAUAAAGUUGCACGCCUCACCUCGAAUGACAUAGGACGAUUUUCGGCAACCAGUAUGUCCAGAGCAUAGUACUACUUCGGUUCACAGACUACGUCUCGAGCAUAAAAAUUCAUUGGCAGUCGGGGCGCCUUCUGCCGGUGCUGCAGUAGAAAACCACCACUCCGAGUGAUUUGUUCGCGCGCUCUGUUGACCUGCAGACGAAGUCGCCUACAACGCUGCAUCUGUGAAUCCCCAUCCAGCUUAACGCCGACCGUCCUGAUGACGGUGUUGGCCGACUAAAAGUGGGCAAAUGCGGAGUUCGCUAGACCCAACUGUUUUCGGUAAUCGGGCAUGCAACGCCAACUGGACACCGACUGCUGCAGACGAAUGGGAUGGAUGUCACCAAUCCAUUACGCUCAAGACGAGCAUUAAUGCUGGUCGUCCCAAGUACACGAAAAACGCAGCGUUAACUUCUUAAAUAUCUUAGCUAAGGCACUUUUCCCAUGUCAAAUGAAUGAAUUCUACCUUAACAUUUUGGAAGAGCACAUUGUUCGUCACUCUUUCUAACUGAGGUUUUUUGUUCCAAAGGUUUGCUAAGUUUGAUCACUUUCGUGGUUCGGAGAAACUGUGUGAUUUCACUUUCGUGGUAAGCCCUGUUCAUGUUAUGUCAAUUCACCCCUACCCCCCUUCAAUCCAGAUCGGAGACUCUGUAUUUUGUGCACACAAAAUUAUCCUUGCGGCCUCCAUUCCCUUCUUUGCGGAUCUUUUCCUGAAUCCAGAUCAGUCAAAUGUUCUCGACUACACAGUCCUCAACCGUCUCACGCCGAGGUAUUUAAAUUUUUUUCAUCGUAUCAAACGCUGUUCCUCUAGGGCCGUGCAGGCAGUUCUGCAAUUUGCUUACUCGGGCGUGUUUGACCCUACGUCGGCGAUGCAGGAGGAGGAAAGCAACCUGAGGGACAUUAUUCUGGCGGCGAAACUAUUUCAAGUGGAGAAGCUGGAAGUUGCAUGCCUCGACUUCCUACGCCAACGGUAGGUGCGGGUCUUCGUUGACUUUUUUUGUCACCAGAAGUAGGUCAGCGUUGGGCGGCACUUUGUUUUGUUGGCAAGUCGUAGACGUAGGUUUGAAUGGUAGUGGGAUUUACAUAACAACUUUGGUCUGAGCCUAUAGACCUUAAAUAUCCUGAUCCACUCCAUGUUUCACAGUUAAUUUCUACGGAAAUUAAAGAGCACCAAUUCCUAAAUUGGAGUAUCUUCCAGAAAUCAGACGGGGAAUGCUGGUGGACCCUCUGACGAGCCGAACUCCUCGCAGCUGUGUCAUGCAGUGGCAGAAUAUCGGCGAAACAAGCGUGUAUGGGCUUUUGACUACUACUUCUACUGUUAAUAUGGAUUCACCGUACCCUAAAAAUGUACUCUCUGUCGCGUAUAACUUAAAAAGAGUAGGAACACGACACAGAAGGUAGUGUUCCAAAAAUGAUGUCCAGCGAAGGUAAUUCCUAGCCCAUUUUUGCCGGACGGAUGGGCUCAUCAAAGUAACUAGCUGCCCAUGUCAGGCCUUGUGACUCAAUCAUGUUCAUUGCGCCUUGUGAACUUUGUAAAAGUGCCUACUUUUGUUUAUUCAGUACAAACGCCUUGUCGAUUUUAACCUUUGUAGAUUGGACUUUGAUAUCGUGCAACAGUACUGGUCAUUCGCGCAUGCAAACGAUCUCUUCGAGCUGCAGGAAAUGUUGCAGUCGUACGUGUGUGCCAAUUUUCAGGAGUUUAUUGGUACUCCAGCCUUUCUGGCUCUUACGGCGGCCGAGUUGGAGGGUUUCCUAGUUCGGGACGAUCUCUCUGUCACCAAUGAGGAUGAUAUCUUUCAGGCCAUUGUCAGCUGGGUGUACAAUGAGAGAGCUCAGCGGCCCUCUUCAGUGCAGGAGGUUGUCAAUAUUGGGCGAGCCGAAGCAUUUCCAAGACUAUUUUCUCGACUUCGUCUUGGCAAACUUUCGAAGGACUUUGCGGAACAGAUACUGUCUCACCCGCUCUGCAGGGCCCAUUUUGAUUGCACGUAGGUUUUUAUUCCAACCUCGUUUUGUAUUUUUCGUACUACUGUACUUGUUUAAGUAGGUCGUGUGUUGCUUACUAUCGCUCCAAAGGUGUAGCCUGCUUCCGGCCGUUUGUCGCAGAUGUUACGAUUCCGUUUGUAAUUUUUUCAGAUGAGCCUUUUUGGGAAACGGUGUCCCGUUAGAAUCGGUCUUUGCAAAUUUAGAAUGCGUUGAUUCUAGAAAAAAAGUUAAGCAACCCGCACAUCCCUCUAAUCACAGACGGCGCCUUUACACGCCUCUAAGAUGUUCUAGCCUCUCGCAACAAUUCCAGCCUCAUCGAACUUGAGUAUCCCGUUGAAUGAGCCUCGACUUACAUUUAAAAGUGGUCAAGUUUAACAGACACAUGAUGGGAUAACAACUAUAUAUGAUGUGUUCCGAAACACCUGUUCACCCCCGAUCCCUGUCUGGUCCUGUCUUUGAUGAUGAAUUCGAGUGAGAAUCCGAAACUUCAGGCUAAUAAGGGUUUGCUUCUUACAACCCUGUCUCCUUCGCAAGUACCGGACCGCCAAAAUAACAGCAUGUAGAAAUGUAGAUGUUCGUACUCGAUACGAAACGGUCUCCCGAUUGCUGGAAUCCCUUGAAUAGGUGUAGCUCACAGAUCUCGAACCAGGAUUCGUCGCCAUGUAGUGCAACCAAAAUACCCGUUACCAGAAUUAAGCUCAGACAGUCGUCUGCAAAGUCUACCGCAAGGAGGAUGACUGUAACUACGCCGUGGAAACUGGAUGAAAACUGCAGACCAGCCUCCGCAACGCGAAUACUGGACCCAUACUGCGGGCUGGCAAUGCCCACUGUAGAGGCUGGCCACACCUUCGACUUCCGAGGAGCUGGCAUUCUAGCCUGAUUCAGUUCCAACGCCCACACUGGGGGAAGGGAGUGAGGGUUUCUGACGCUAGCUCUACCACCGGCACGUAGAAUCCCCCCCCCCCCCUUUAUCGUGUUUCACAUAUUUGUCUGCACGACGACGAAGAAAAGAAGGCUGUGAUGGACAUGAGAGGAGCAGCAUUGAGAUCAACCACAUGCUGACAAUAAUAAGUUCACUUUCAGGGCUGCCACCGCUCUUUCUGGGCAUUUGUCAGGCACUCCCUAGACGUGGUGUAGCAGGGAAGUACGCACAAACGAAAUUGUCAUUAAUUUAGAUUCGUGUUAGGCUCUUUGUUGUCGCCAUCAUGUAGUCCUGCUUGACAUGAUAUGUGUUCAGCUUCAUGCAUGCCUAAAGCUCAUACCCAGACCUGUCAAAUUUACACAGGGAUCUCUCUCUGGGAACCAAACUCCUGCGUAUGACGUCGAUGCUGAAAGAACAGGAGGUCAUUUCACGGGGAGCCCAGUCCGACCGGGUUUACCGCGAACUCUCCACGGAUGUGCUCUUCACCAUGAAAUGUGACGAGGACUUAGAACCUGAAAGUGCGUUGGUGGAAAUCUUCAAUCCCAUUGAGAACGCUUGGCAGGAAUUCUGCAACAUGUCUAUUCAUGGAAAUCCAUUCCGUGGAUGUUUGAGAUAUGUUAUCUUAAACAGUAAGUACCCACCCACCCCUCACUAACCCCCUCUCCAGUCUUACUUGCCCAUUUCCACCUCGUCAUUCUACUCUGACUACACUUGACAGAUAGCUGUAGCCUGUGGCUCCACAGCUGCCACAUCCCCGACACCCGCCUCUAUUGGUGGGUUAACUUACGCGAGGACUCGCCGGUGUGUCUGUCUAAGGUCGGCAAAUAUGCCAAUGGUGUUUCCAAACUCGCGGGUACGUCCGUGAGACAGUGUACCACACCGGCCACGCGACUUUCGGUCAGCGCCUUCUCUCUCCGCCAGUCGAUCCCGUGUGACUUUUCAUCCGUGCCAUUGGCCCUUCCUGGACUGACUCGAGCCUCGCGCGAAGCGCCUGGUAGGCGGGAUGUAGGUCUAUGGCCCGGUUGAGGGUGCCAGUCGAGGACCAACUUUCCAGCAUCAGUCUUGCCCCAGUGUCAUUGGCUCGGCCGACCACCCUCGCUUUCUCGAAGACGAAACUGUGGUUCCGUUCCAGUGUGUGUCCAUACACCAACGACAAUUUACCUUUGCGGUUAAUUGCAAGGUGGUGCUCGUGUAAUCUUGUGCCGAGGCGUUUCCCAGUUUCACCAACAUACCUUCCAUCACAAUGGUGGCAUGGUAUGCUGUAGACCACCGCUGAUUGUUCUGUCACCGGCAGCGGGUCUUUGGGCCUCCCUAUCUGCUGUCGGAUUGUUGAUGCUGGCUUAUGGGCCACAUCGAUUCCAAAAGGUUUCAGAAUUCUUGAAGUCGCCUAUGGUUUAAAUAGGUAAUUCGCGCUCGCACCUGAUAGGUCGAUUCCGCUCUUCUCUUAUUGGCCCUCUCACGCACAAGUGGUGCCUGAUGGCCUCGUAUGGCGCUGGUAGGUCAAUACUGCGGUUGAUCAAGUAGGCGUCUGUUUGUUAGGCUUCGAUUACUUCUCACGCCAGUUUGCUUUCGACUCGUCCGAGCAGUUGGGCACCGUCAAAGUUGAACACGUGCGAUCGUACAUCCUUUUGCUUUACGGCUAAGGCGUGCUCAUGCAUGCAUGCGCGUUUGCAGUCGUUUGUCGGUCAUGCCGCAGUAGUUUGCCAGACAUUCUAGAUACUUGACGCCGUAAAUGACGCCUGACGUGUCUGCAGGUGGGAGCCGGCCCUUGGGUUGCAUGAGUAAGCGGCAGAUGGUGGCCUCCGGCCGGUGUCCAACGCCCAUGCUUCGUGAUCAUAGCAUGCGCUCAGUAGCUUCGGAGACAUUUCUCACGUAAGGCGAAACGCGGAAGAUUUCAGCUCGUUGUGUAUUCUUACCGUCGGCCGUCUUAUGUCUUUGGCACAAGCACUUGUUUGCAAAACUGUGCGGAUAUUCGUUGGCAAGGAAGAGGUGCCAUAGGGUUUUACGCUCCCGCAGUUUCUCGGCUUCUGUGCUGCAGUGUGUGUUAGUGCGGCGAAGGAGCGUCCGGACGCAGCUGCGUUUAUGCGACAGGGGAUAGUUGCUGUUGUAUUAAAGAAUUUUCUCCGUGUUUGUCGCUUUCCGAAAGACAACAGUUUGGAGGGUUCCGUCUUCCUGCCUCGUUACCGGAACGUCGAGGAAGGGGAUUACUCCAUCUUUCUCUUCCUUCAUGGCAAAUUGAAUUUGUGAGAAAACCGAGUUCAAUUUCCAUUUAAAGUUGUCUUUCGCGUCUCGGCGUAGGAUGAAGAAGGUGUCAUCUAUGUGGCGCAUCCAGAACUUCGGCUUGUAGGACUGAAAGACUCGAGCUUCCAGUUCCUGAAAGGCCGCCUCAGACAGGUAGCCGGAAAUCGGGGAUCCCAGCGCAGUCAAUGCCGAGGGGAUGACAAAAAUCGUUGACGCGCAUUGGCGCAGGCUUCGGCCAACCAUAGAAUCACUUGUUCGACACGGUUAAAUAGUUAACUGUUUUUGUACAUAGCCCAAAAGUCUGACGACGAGCUGGGGAACCAGACUCGAAAAUUUACUCAUUAAAGUUGAUUCCCUUCCCAAAGAAUCUUACUUAUUUUCAAUUCAUUUCUUGGGAUGCCCGUUUUCCAGCAUAUAUAUAUAUAUAUAUGUGUGCGAAAUAUAAAUACCGACAAUAACAAGGGUGACUGGAAUGGCCAUAUCCGGCUUAUUUGCCGUCGUCAGUCACUCAUACCCCACCCCGAAGUGUGGAACACCUGCGGCUCGAUCCCCCGAUCUCCGCGGACUGACGAGCCAUCACCGUCUCACUUACGACCGCCAUCGGUGAUCGCGAGGGCUGUUAAUUUUUGUGCGCAUGUGGCCCCACGGCAUCUUCGUACUAUAGAUACUGCACUCUGUGCCUCCACUACCUUUAUCUGCGACUGCCUCUGAUGAUGGAUUCGAGUGAGAAUUCGAAACAUCAGGCCAAUAAACUUCAUGUUCCAGUGAUUACAUCUUCUGGUGUGGCGUCUGCCAAUUCAUGCUUUAUUUUUCUUGCCCACCUUCCGUAGAUCGCAUAUACGCAAUGAUUGGUACAUCACAGCAGCUCUCGGUGGACAUAUUCGAUGUCGCAUCAAAGCAGAGUAAGCACGGCGCGACUGGGGCUUUCCGGAGCUGGUCCUAUGCAGCUGCCGGGAUCCAUGACCAGAUUCUCGUCUUGAUUGAUGACAAUGGCUCGGCAGUCUGGUGGGCCUACAACACUCUCUCAGACAAGUAAGUGCUUCUCGUCAUCUGCAGAUUUUGACUUCAAACUGCGGCCCCUCUGACGAACCUUGACAGCAUACCUCGAGACUUUCUGUUUAUGCGGUUCGGUAAAGCCCAGAUGUUGUAGUUCGCCUGAACCUUGAACCAACACUUAUGAGAAGUUGCCAGUUGUGAACAUUUGCGAUCAGUCAUUCAGCUGUUUAGUAUGAAAUGGCCGUCUUUUGUUCGGUUCUUGGUGUUAUCACCCAAUACGUGCAACGAUAUUACUGAAGUGCCAUCUCAAUAUGCGUAAUGUUUUUGGAACAGUGACAUUGUUUCGUGCCAACUGCUCAAUUUUGGACAACAGAUCGCCACAGAAGUGGUCGAUUUGUCCAAAAUUCCGUAGAAGUUGCGAUAAAUGUUGAUGAAUUUGGAGGCAGUAGAUGAAAUUUGUGCAAAUCCUGAGUAAGACUUAUUAUUCCUGUUAGUGGUUAACUAUGAACAAUUCAGGUACAGCAAGUUGUGGCAGUAAAGUACCGCCGAUUUGAGACCUUGUACUAAAAAGUAGUCCAUGAAAUUACUGGGGACUUGUGAUAAUCCUGAAACCGGCCAGGAUUAGAUAUGUAAGCCCACUGAGGUAAUAGUUCUCGCGGACUCCGGUAAUUAGAGAAGGAUGUUAAUGUUAGUUUUGCCAGUAGGGCAGAUGGACGCUGCAAUUAACGGAGUCUGCGAAAGGCAUUGAGCAGACCCGCAUUGCCGCCGUAUACUUGUUUUAUUACUUCAGCGAGAGGCCGGAACAGACCGCAAAAUUUGAAGGAUGCGAAUUAGAGCUAACAACUUGGCGGGGAACAGGACUGACAGUGCCCAAGGGGCGCUACAAUAAACCUAUUCUAUUCUAUUCUAAAGAAGACCGGAUGGGGUAUGUCGGUAUGCACAGGCGAAUUUAGCCCUAAUCCCUAAUUUAACCCAUUUACGGAGUUUGGUUAACCGACAAAAAUUUGCUGAGGAGGCCCGAGUUCAUUUAAUGCGGCUGGACUGCAGGCGUUUGACGCAGAUGGAUAAUUUGGCAUUUGGCUGACUGCGAACUAUCAUGACUCGCUAGUUUUCUAGCCCCUUUGGCCACAGCACGAAUGCCUCCGCCAGCCAUCAUCAUUUUUGCACGCUGGCCAGUGAUUUGCGAACUGUAUUCCUUAGGGGGCGCCCAUGGGGAUAAGGGUAGAAGUCUCCGUGUAAUCCACUUUACCGGUCAAGAAAGAAGUGUGUAUCCUGUUUUCUUUCGAAGUAAUCGUGAUAUACAGUUCAAUUCAGCUUUAUAUGCUAAAAUCAAAGUCGGAAGAAGCUUUACUGUGAGAUUUGUGGAGGAGUCAACAACCAAGGAUACGAUGGUUUCAACGGGGACAGUCGCUAAGGCGUCAGCAACAUCUGUAAUAACGUUGAUGCGUCGCAUCUAGGAGUUUGCACGUGGCACAGUCGGGUUAAUGCCAGGUCAGCCACUGCGCCCAGUCACCGCCGACUCACUAUAAGUAGCCAAAUGUGCCUUCAACCUAUCACGACACAUUAGCAGUCGUGGUUUGGGAGCCAGCCCACUGGCGGGAUAGCUGUUAUGUCAUUCUCACUUGGGUUCUAUCCGUGAGCCUCACACUUUCAGGGUUGUGUGUGGCACGCGCAGACGGGCUGUUCACUUUUGUCAUCCGUCACCCAUGCCUAGCCGACCUACCCUUAUUUGGAAACCGGAGCACGGUGGACGUAGUGAGAGAGAGAGAGAGAGAGAGAUGGCGAAGUAGACGCGACGAAAGCCUGCUUCAUUCCAAAAGAUUCGCACACAGAUUGCCAGUGAGCCCGUGUCGUGCGGCCAUUUGUGAUCUGUGUAGCUCACGGUAGGCGGAAGGGGCCACAGAAUAGUGGACUCUUCACCCAUUAGUGUUUACUCUUGUACUUCGGAAGUCAAACCCGGAGGACGGCAUCUCUUUCCUCAGAUACAGUGGUCGCACAGCAUCGUACUACAUCAUCCCACAUUCAUGAUUUUCUCGAAUCUACUACCCAUCUCGCCCCCAUACUGUACGAAAGACUAAACCGCCUGUUUCAAGCACAGUGAGCAAGGCACUCUACUGCAACGUCCCCUCCUUAAUCAAAGAAGCUCUAAAAUUAAUCAAUUUUGUAAUAUUUUCUCGUUAAAUCAUAUGCUUCACACCUAUUUACUGGACCCCAUCUCUAUCCGCAGAUGGAAAGAAGGCCCCCAAUUGCCAACAUUUCGCAGCGAGUCGUGUCUGGUGACACUGCAGAAUCGGUACAUUCUGUUGAUUGGCGGCCGCUCCUCCUCGUACGAAUAUUUGAAGUCAGUGGAGUACUGCGUGCCAAGUCAUGCUGGUGUGAACAACGACGACGAUGAGGCCUUCUUUCGUGUUGCGACCACUGGUGACUCAACUUGGAUCCAUCGCGCUCCACCUUUGCCGGAGCCGCGAGUGGAUGUCAGCGCGGCUGAGCUGAACGGUCGCAUCUUCGUGGUAGGCGGCUCGAUCAGAGGCUGGCACAACAUUGCCAGGACUGCCGUCUUCACUCCGCAGAUGGGUGUCGACAACGGCGACGAUGACGAUAGCUCCCCACGCCUUGGGGGGCAGUGGUUUCUGCUGUCGUCAGAGUCCUCACCGUCCUCGUUGGCGCCGAGCCUGGUGAGCCACGCUGGUCGUCUCUAUCUUCUCGGUACGUGCUUACCCUUCUGUCUCCUGUUGUCUGCUUUUGUCUGGCGAGUACGGUAAAACGUCUGUAUUUGGGAUACCACAUUCCCAAGAUUGAAAUACGGACAGAAACAAGAACGAGAAUAAUUAUUCGCACGUACUUGUGCGCACGUCUGUCUUCUGUGUCUCAGAGUGUGUAAACCUCCGAGCGUGCGUGUUUGGUCUUCUCGUGCGUGGCACGCGUAGACGGCCCGUCUUGCUUUGCCAGCGACUGUAUCCCGGAGCAGUGGUCUUCCUCGUCGUUUACGGCGGGCGCACUGCGAGCAUACACUUUAUACGGCCACGAUCAAAUGUGACCUGGCACGUCUCAUUGAUGUUACGAAUGGGGUCAUUCUACAUCUGACUGUCUCACUCUCUCUCUCCUCUAGCGACGAAUGCUGAAUGCCAACGUUCCAAGAGCAGAUUUCGUGUCCUGACGCACUGCUUUGCGCCAGAGUUGGAGCUGAAUAUUUCGUCACUUACAGCUAGUUGGCGAUUUCGCACCUUGGACAGCAGUAUGGAUUUCAUGGAGCGGGCUACAAGCAGCGUUCCGAAAUCGCGCCAACCAUCUUUCUUAGGUGACUUGGGGCGGCCUUGCAGCGUUAUCACAGUGCAGACGACGCCAGCGGGCUUCAGCCGAUGGGCCAUUAGUGGACAACGCUAGUCGCAAACCCAAAAUUUCCGGUCUUGCCCGACAGUUCAUUAAUUUGUUUCAUAAUCAGACUGUAAAAACAAAGGCGUACCUCUCCACUACAUUGUCCAAUGGGUGGUCGCUGUGCCGGUCACCGAUUUCGACGUCCGUAGAUACAUUGUAUCUGCCCUUGGUAAAACCAGCACCUCGUUGCCUGCACUGAUGUCUGACGAGGCUGUGUCCACAGCACCGCACAACCACGACGACACCGUCGAACUUCUAGCUUUCUUUGAGUGAACACCGUCAAUCCUUGACCACACAGCAUCCUUGGAAAUCCAGAGUAACGCAGGACUCCUUUACUCAACCCCUCCCCUCUCCUAACUUUAGGGGGUAACAGGCCAUCGCCACUGCGCCAGAUUCAACAGAAGGCGGCAACCUGUCCGCGCGAGGCUAUUUCUAAAGUCCGAGAUGGGGAAGAUACCGUGAUCCACCAUCUCCAGGUGCUAGAGGCUGAAACGCUAAGUCCAUAGAUCUUGUCAAUCAGGGAUGGGUGUCGAUCGAUUCGUGCGGCCGGAAAGCGCAUCGCCUCUAGCUCAGUGGCAGUGCACUGACGCUGCGUCAGGAGGUUUGUGGUGCUUGGACUCCGUCUGACAAUACGCCUACUGACCGCGAUGACUCCUCGCCUUCUAUAAUAUGUCUUCAGAAAUAUUCUGCUCUCUCGAUCAUUAUGCGGUUACUGGCGGCGGCGGCGGCGGCGGCGGUGGUGGUGGUGGUGCUCCUCAUGGUCGAGCAGAACUGCCCUGAAAGGGGUCACGCGGUAGAUCCGCUGAACCAACAGAUCAGAUCAGAGUCUGACAAGCAUCAUCGGGAAUGCGCACAUCUAGGGUGGUGUUGCCGCAGGCCCUGGUGGAUACGAACGCCACGCCCACUGGGUUCCAAUUCACCACGUCUUUUUUUCUUGGUGUUAAAUCCUGGCUGGUCGAUGCCGUGGACCAGGGGGUGUGGUUGUACGCAUAAACGCGGGUUUUCCCCAUGCCAACCAUCGGCUCCCUCUUCCGCCUCCGGUAUCUUCGUCUCUGCCUUGAUACCGGGCCCAUGUGCGAGGAAGUGCGAGGAGGGAGUGCAGUAGGUGCGGUUAAAGUCUACUACCACGCAACUGCGCUCUCCCCGCUGUGAAGCAUACGAUAGACAUUGCCCGUCAAGACGGUCGAACUGUCGGUUGAACAGAGACGGCCUCACUCGUCCACUAGUCUCCGCGACUCCCCCAUCGACAUAUGCCACUUCCCUCUGUGCAAACUGCUGCGUCAUGCCGUUUUUUUCUUAUUUCCACCCCUUAGGCCGUGACCUUUAUAACUAUGGCGCUGGUUUUGCCCAGUGCUUCCGACCCUGCAGUGAGGAAGAACUUGAAAACCUGAGGCAAGAGGCCAGCAAGAGAGGUAUCGAUGUAGAAGGAGCUGCAUCUGAAGGGGAGGCAAAUUCGGCUGAUGAAUCUCCUCUGUCGGAGCACACUGCCGCAUCAGACAACCGCGAAUCCGACGAAACGGAGGAAGACAACGUCAUAACACUUCCUGACUCGGUAAGUGGUGCCUAACUGAACACACAGAUACCCUCGUCUUCUUUCUGAACUGACACACUUCAUUCAGAAGGGGAGGGUUUUGACGGCGGGAGGGGUACAUUGUGCCCAGUGAAACUUCGGUUCUGUUAUGACCCACUGCACGCCUUAUUAGUCUUACGUUAAACAAGCCCACAUGAAAAAAUCCUCGAAUCAGAACUCAAAGGCAGGGCUAGAAGAAAAGCCUGUUAACGAAUAACCAAGUACGUACAUAAAGCACAAAAUAGACAUUUGGGAGUACACAAGGUCAGGCUAAUAAUCGGCCACUCGGGCGAUGUCCUUGCGUGGUUGGUUUGUCAGCUGAACUAUUGGCUGAUCUUAUUGGUUGGACAAACCUCCAAUCCUGUAGAGAGCUUUCGCAUCAUUAGCAGCAGCUAGGGCACAUGCGAGUCGAGUAGGACGGCUCAUCCUCACAGGUUUGGCGUCUUAAGGUCAUAUCUGACCAAUCUGGGAUUGAAACCCCCCAUGGCCCCCCUAUUGUGAACCAAUAACAUCCACGCCGUCGGUCGCAUUAGACUCACCACUCACACACUGUGACUAGACGUCAGUUUGGCUUUAAGUUUGAGGCUCCAGACGCUAGUUCGUCCAUUGGCUAGAGGCUUGGGAUUGACUUGUCUCAUCAUCAUCGCUUCUUCUUCAGCAUCAUUCUUAUAAAUUGCAUUAGCCGACCUGAUCUGGAAAUAAUCUAGUCGAGCCUGCUGUCCCUCUACCCGGCAAUUUGCCAGUGGACCAACCCAAUUCUGGGGACUGGGGGGAGCGUUGGUGCAGCAGAUAUCACGUCGGAACAUGGCAUCUCACCCCGUCGACCUGUUUUGAAAGAUGUUCAUAAAAGUCACUGUCUCCCUCACCUUGACGCCUGACUGUGGUUUUUCGAUCUAGCGACCACGUAUAGAGGUGCUAUCCUCCUCUGACCCUAGUCUUAGCUUCUUCGUGUGCGUGUCAGGGGGGGGGGGCAUGAGUAGGAUGAUUCAAUGUUUAAGCCGCCCCUUGCGCAGUCGGUUCGUCUGUCUGCGCCUACGUGGCCUUCAAAGUCUUGGACAUCCUGGUAAAAGUUUAUAUCAUUAGAGUAUCAGUAUGACGGUUUUUGCCAUCGGCCACUUUAGAAUUGCCAAUCGGUAAGAUGAUACGGACUCCCUGGAACGCCCAGGGUUGAACACGAACGAGUGCGUUGGACCAAGAACGAGAAUCAGACUGGCCCCCCACAGAAGACAUUGAUCUGGCUGGCCAAAGUUCCCCUGAGUCCAUUGCCACUGCCGUAUACUAGGCGUAGACCGCCUCAGCCACUCUGCUCAAGGGGACAACCCGGUCCUCAUCAGGACUGAGGCUGUAAUGGUCCCUUCUUGGUGUGGUCUUCACGACAUUGCCACUUGUGUAAGAUACGGGCCUACCUGUGACGGCAACCAGGUCUUGUGGAUGGCACGCGUAGACGGGCUGUUUAACUUUGUCAGCUACUCGCCUGCGCCUGCCUCCGGUCGUUUGGGCAUAGGCCUGCAUUCGGGACACAGUGGGCGAGGGAGGAGAGAUUUCGACAGAUGCUACGCAAGUCUGGCCCACUAAUUCGCGCUGCGUCCAAUGCUGCGUGCAGUCCGUGGGGCGCCCUGUGCACGUCGUCGCUUGCGACGGUUGAACAGUCAAUCUCAUGCAUGUGGGCGGAGUGAGGGUAGACGAAUCCUUCGAUCGAUGCCUGGCGGAAUUUCCACACCGGUUAUCUCUCGUACCGUCUUGCUAUCUGCUGUCUCAUCUGAACUGUGAUGUACAGUGAGUGACCGAUCUCAUGAAAUGUUGGCUGAAAUUCUGAAAUGCAUUUUCGACUAGGAAGGAUUACUUGGUCGCGGUUGUAAUACUGAUUAUCUUAAGACAUACUCUUAUAACAUUUCGGACUCGGCAGGAUGUCGGUUUUUAAAUGCACUUCUUUUCAAUCUCCUGUAGAAAGCGUACUUGGUAAAAAUGACUACUUAAGUAGCAUGCAUUUUUCCCAUUGAUUUUCGAUGGUUUUGCAAAUUCAAAUAUAUUUUAUAGAAACCAUAAACAAAAAUAGGCUUUCUUUUAGUCAAUCAAUAGAGAAUCACGUUUUCUUUAUAUUUUAUGCUUAAGGAAGGAGUAUAAUUAGGUUUUUAAAAAGUUCCUAAUUAUGAGACUUUUUCAGAGCGCGAAAUGUCCAUUCACAUAGCAUCGUACCUGGUCGUUUACCACUGCUCCUCAUGAAAUGUAAAACAUGGUCUGCAUCCAUUGCAAAAUUUUAUGGACUCUGUAUGAUAUCUCUUUAAUGGCAUAAAAAAUAUGUGAUUUUCUCUACGCGGAACGCAUGCACCUUGUAGAGUGAAAUCACUAAACGCUAAUGCGACGAAUGAUCAGGCUCCAAAUUAUUCGGCAAUUAGAAAACUUUUUUAAGACCUAAUUAUACUCCUUCGCAAACGCAUUUCAGAAUUUCAACCAACAUUUCAUGACAUCGGUCACUUACUGUACACGUCUUCUCCCUAACUGCCACAACUUCCCACGUUUACUCACACCAUUUUUUAUUUGCUCUAGGACGCAUUAAGUACCUGGCGUUGGCGGCCAUUCUGCGCGCCUGACCAGCUUGUCCAUAUCUUCUGUGCCGGUGUGAUCAAUGUUACUAUCCCAAGUGGCCGAAAAUGA